AUGCCAAGCAUCAGAUGGCCCGGCCUGAGGGGGCCUCAGGGGGGCCUUGUGGGUGAGGGCUGCCUGGGUGACGCCUGCCAUCCCUGCCAGCUCUCAGAACGCUACGGGCCGGUGUUCACUGUGCACCUGGGGUGCCAGAAGACGGUGGUGCUGACAGGGUUCAAGGUGGUCAAAGAGGCGCUGGCAGGCCCUGGGCAGGAGCUGGCCGACCGGCCUCCCAUCGCCAUCUUCCAGCUCAUCCAGCGAGGUGGAGGCAUCUUCUUCUCGUCUGGGGCGCGCUGGAGAGCUGCCCGCCAGUUCACGGUGCGUGCCCUGCACAGCCUGGGCGUGGGCCGGGAGCCGGUGGCUGACAAGAUUCUGCAGGAACUGAAAUGCCUUUCGGGGCAGCUGGAUGGCUAUAGAGGCCAGCCCUUCCCACUGGCCCUACUGGGCUGGGCUCCCUCCAACAUCACCUUCACGCUCCUCUUCGGCCGCCGGUUCGACUACCGGGACCCAGUGUUUGUGUCCCUGCUGGGUCUCAUCGAUGAGGUCAUGGUCCUCUUGGGGUCCCCUGGCCUGCAGCUAUUCAACGUCUACCCCUGGCUUGGGGCCCUGCUCCAACUGCACCGGCCCGUCCUGCGAAAGAUCGAGGAGGUCCGCGCCAUUCUGAGGACCCUCCUGGAGGCGCGGCGGCCCCACAUGUGCCCGGGGGACCCUGUGUGCAGCUAUGUGGAUGCCCUGAUCCAGCAGGAACAGGGGGAUGACCCCGAGGGCCUGUUUGCUGAGGACAACGCAGUGGCCUGCACCCUGGACAUGGUCAUGGCCGGGACGGAGACGACCUCAGCCACACUGCAGUGGGCUGCGCUUCUGAUGGGCCGGCACCCGGACGUGCAGGGCCGGGUGCAGGAGGAACUGGACCGUGUGCUGGGCCGUGGGCGGCCUCCCCAGCCGGAGGACCAGCAGGUGCUGCCCUACACCAGCGCCGUGCUCCACGAAGUGCAACGGUUCAUCACGCUCCUGCCGCACGUGCCCCGCUGCACCGCCACUGACAUGCAGCUGGGCGGCUUCCUGCUCCCCAAGGGCACGCCCGUGAUUCCUCUGCUGACCUCGGUGCUGCUGGAUGAGACACAGUGGCAGACCCCAGACCAGUUCAACCCGGGCCAUUUCCUGGACGCGGACGGGCACUUCGUGAAGCAGGAGGCCUUCCUGCCUUUCUCUGCAGGCCGCCGUGUCUGUGUCGGGGAGCGCCUGGCCAGGACCGAGCUUUUCCUGCUGUUUGCUGGCCUCCUGCAGAAGUACCACCUGCUGCCCCCACCUGGUGUCAGCCCGGCCUCCCUGGACACCACGCCUGCCCAGGCUUUCACCAUGCGGCCGCGGGCCCAGGCCCUGUGUGCGGUGCCCAGGCCCUAGGGGCUCCCCCAGUCCCUGGGUCCCCUGCCCACUCCCCUCCCAGCCC